AAAGGAAAGUAUUCUGCCAAAUGUAGAAAUCAUUGCCAAUAUUACCGAAUCUUCACCUGAAUCCCCAGAGAUAGAAAAAAGGAAAACGGUAGAGAACAAUGAUUUUCCAAAUGAAGAGGAAAUUUUUAGUGCUACCGAACCAUCACUGGCGCCUAUUGUAAAAGGGAAUAAAAGGAAUUCAACCUCAGCCGUGUCUAUCGAUGGGCUACGAGUAGUAGACCUACAAAAAUUCAUCGAGUCUUUGAAAACCUUAUCUACUCAUUCCACAUUAUUUGGGUGCAGUUUAGUGAAUUUGCAAGUAGUAAAAGAACUAAAAGUGGGUUACCAAACCAAACUUACUUUUAAAUGCGAUAUGUGUGGUUUUUCUAAAUCUAUAUAUACCUGUCCAGAAAGUCCACAAAGCGUAGACGUGAAUACGUCAGCAGUUACCGCAGUCAUGAACGUAGGAGGCGGUUACACACAACUCGUAAAUAUUACUGGUGCAAUGAACAUUCCGAGUUUAAGUUUUUCUUUAUACAAGAAGAUUCAUAGUGAAAUAUGCACUGCAUGGGAAGACCUUGCUUGGAAAUCCAUGAAAGAGGCUGCAGAAGAAGAAAAAAUGAUAGCUUUACAAUGUGGCAGCGUAGACGUAAAUGGAACGCCAAUGAUUACUGUAGUUGGCGACGGAAGCUGGGCCAAGCGUUCAUACAGAGGGACAGGAAAUUAUAAUUCCCUUUCUGGAACUGCUGCAAUAGUAGGGUUAAAAUCAAAAAAGAUUCUGUAUUUAGGUGUUAAGAACAAGUACUGCUGUGUAUGCCAAAGGGCUAAAAAUAUCGGCACUGAAGCUGCCGCGCACACGUGCUAUAAAAACUGGAACCUUUCUUCAACGGCAAUGGAAGCGAACAUUAUAGCUGAAGGUUUUUGUGCAAGCCUUGAAAUGUAUGGGCUUAUUUAUAAUAAACUUAUAGCUGAUGGUGACAGUAGCUGUUACAAAAAACUACUAGAUAGUAGACCGUAUGAAACCUGUACAGUGGAGAAAAUUGAAUGUAGCAAUCAUUUACUCAGAAAUUAUUGCAAUAAACUGAAGGAACUUUCCAAGAUGAGGGGUAUUCCUGGAUCACUAAAAAAUAUUUUGUCAAACAACAUUUUACGCUGCAGAACGGCGGUGGUGAAGGCAAUUAAGUAUAGAAGGAGUGAAGCCAAUACAAGCUUAGAAGAUAAUAUCAAAAACCUGAGAAAGGACAUCAUCAAUAGCGUAAGCCAUAUAUUUGGAGAACAUUUGAAUUGUUCGGAAUUACGCUAUUUUUGUGAAAAAACGGAACCUGACCAAAAUAAUUACAUGUCUGAUUUUCGAACAUUAAACCUCGAUGAAAAGCUAAUGGACGCAGUAAGGUAUUUGGCAGGACACUCUAGAAGCUUACUCGAAAACGUUACGACAAAUGUAGUAGAACAGUUUAAUUCAAUUAUUGCACAAAAACUUGGCGGAAAACGUGUGAACUAUACCCAGCGAAGAUGUUACCAAGGCCGAUGUUACUCUGCAGUUGUUUCAAAAAACUGUAAACAACCGUUAUACAACGUGCAUAAACACUUAACUGGCGGGUAUAGCCCCGGAAAGACUGUACAAGAAAUGGAACUGCGUAAAUUAAGAAGGCAAAAUGUUCACAAGCAAAGCAGAGCCAGAAAAAAAUUAAUAUUUUCUUCUGCCUCCACAGACGCUGACUAUGGAGAUAAUUGCCAGAAGCCAGAUGUUGAUCAAGAGACGUUUGAGGAAAUGAAAAGCGAGUUUAUAAGAGCACUUCAUAAAUCAACAGCUGAAUAUGAAGAAAUUGAAAAGAAAACGCGUCUACAAGCCGAUUCAUCUGAAUGGAAGCACUAUCGAAGAAAAUUAUUAACAUCCUCCAUAUUUGGAAAAAUUUGCAAAAUGCGAAAAUCAACAAGUUGUUCAUCAACUUUUGCAAAGACGGAAUCUGUUGUUACUGUGCAACGUGCGUUCCGGAUUAAGUUCGGUUGUGCUCCUCCAGGUGAUAACAACAUUCGUAGAUGGUAUCAUCAGUUUCAAGACACUGGCUGCCUUUGUAAAGGCAAGAGUACGGGACGACCACGAACUAGUGAAGAGAGCGUUGAGCAAGUGCGUAAUUCGUUGACGCGUAGCCCUAUGAAAUCCGUUCGGAAGGCUAGUCGUGAAUUAGCAAUUCCUGUGACGACUGUUUGGAGAGUUUUACGGCGACGCUUAGAGCUACGUCCUUAUCGUUUGCAGUUGUUACAGGCUCUGAAGCCUACCGACCAUCUUUUACGUGCCAACUUCGCUAACGACAUGUUGUUGCAUGACAAUGAAGAUUUUCUGGAUCUUGUCGUCUUCAGUGAUGAAUCGACCUUUCACCUUAGUGGUCGAGUUAACACCCAUAAUGUUAGGAUUUGGGGCUCAGAAAAUCCCCACAUGAUGGUACAAGUGCAACGAGACUCUCCUAAAUUGAAUGUUUUUUGUGCCAUAUCCGGCAGAAAAUUUAUGGUCCUUUCUUUUUUGGUGAAGCAACUAUCACUGCAAGAUGGUGCGCCGCCUCACUGGCAUAAUGAGGUACGCGAUUGGCUUAACCUAACUGUACCCUACCGCUGGAUUGGCCGUAAGGGGCCUAAUGACAGGGCUUGUUUCGCAUGGCCUCCACGGUCACCCGACCUAACCCCGUGUGAUUUUUAUCUUUGGGGGUUUAUUAAGGACCGUGUGUAUGUGCCUCCACUGCCAGCCGACCUUCCCGAUUUAAGAAACAGGAUUGAAACAGCUGUUGCAGCAAUUACUAAUGAGACACUCAUCAAAGUUUGGGAAGAACUAGCAUACCGUCUUGACGUAUGCCAAGUGACGAAUGGUGCUCACAUUGAACACUUGUAG